AAUGUCCGGGAGGAAACAAGAAAACUCGGGGAAACUUUUACCGCAUGUGUCGAUGUCGUUACAUCAGUCGGGGAAGUGACCGCUUGUGACCAUGACACUGUCGCCACGGUAGAGGAAAUAUUAAAGAGCAUUUACCCGUCCACUAAGAGGCAUUCGCAUUUUAAACAGAUAUACGUCCAUGCCUGUAAACUGUUCAGUUGGCGGUAUUAGCUUAUACGUAAAGCAAGCAUGGCUGCGCCCACAGGACCGAAAGGAUCACAGGUGCCCUCUGCGUUUGAAGGAUUCCCCUUUCCAAUAGCUGGCAGACCACCGGAGGACAGCUCCGGUAAAGAGCAGGAGCAGACCGGGGAUGUGAAAAAGAAGCCAUGCAGGGCUUGUACGGACUUUAAAUCGUGGAUGAAGAUGCAGAAGAAGCAGGUGACAACUGCUAGUGGUGGUGGUGCUGCACAGGAGACAAAAGCUGCAGAUUCAGAGCCACAAGAUCCCCAGUGUCCGCUGGACAGGGAAGAGCUGGGCCGCAGCACGUGGUCCUUUCUGCACACUAUGGCCGCGUAUUACCCGGAUCAUCCAUCUACCACUCAGCAGCAAGACAUGGGGCAGUUCAUCAACAUUUUCUCCAAGUUCUUCCCGUGUGAUGAAUGUGCACAAGACCUCAGGGACAGAUUGAAAACCAAUCAGCCGGACACUAGCAGCCGCCACGCUCUUUCUCAGUGGUUCUGUCGUCUUCACAACGACAUCAACGUCAGGUUGGGGAAGCCUGAGUUUGACUGUUCCCGUGUAGAUGAGAGGUGGAGAGAUGGAUGGAAAGAUGGCUCCUGUGAUUGAGUGAUUGUGCUGAGAGAGAUUUGAAGACUCGAGUAAACCCCGUCGUCGGUAUAAAACACCACUAAACUGAGCUCAUGUUUGAGUGUUGGGUUUUUCUGGUUUUGUUUUAAUAUAGUAUAAUUAAUCUAUUAAUAAAAUUAAAGAUUACAUAAUAGUUUUCCUCAGUGUUUCUUGAGUUCAGAUCUUUUCAGUUCAGUUUUAUUUGUAAAGCACUGAAACAUAAAAACAGUUUUCUGCAAUAUUAUAGAGAGAAACUCAAAACACUAAACUCAAGAUUCUAAGUUAUAUUAUAAUCCUCUCCUUGUUGGAAGUGCUUAACCAGGUAUGACUCUCACUUGACCCUUAGAGCAAAGACACUUGUGUAUUGGUCUGUUAUCACCAACCCUUAGUGCUGUGGAAACAUCUCGAGUCAUCAUUUCUUUAUAUUUUGCUUCCCAAGAGACAGAUUUUCUUGUAAUUUUUCAAAGUGGUCCUAAGAAAUAGUUCUCCAGGCUUUCUGAAAGUCUUUCAAAGUUUAUCUUUGGACAUCCAAAGUAGAGCUGUGAAUGUCCUUCAAGAAACCCGGAGAACUAUUAAUGAAGACUACUCAAAGCAGUGGUGGGGAACUCCAGGCUUCAAGGGUCGGUGUCCUGCAGGUUUUAGAUAUCACCCUGGGUUAACACACCUGAAUCAAAUGAUUAGUUCAUUAACAGGCCUCUGGAGAACUUCAAGACAUGUUGAGGAGGUCGUUUAGCCAUUUAAAUUGUCUGUGUUGGAUGCAUCUAAAACCUUCAGGACACUGGACCUUGAGGCCUGGAGUUCCCCCACCCCUUACUCAAAGAAAAGACAAGAAAGCUGCCUAAGAGAGUUCACACUGUGUUGAAGAAUAAAGGCAGUCAUAGGAAAUAUUAACUUUCAUUUUGUCUUGUAUACUAUAUUUUCAUGUAUUUUUGCAUGUUCCAGUAUAUCACUGCACCUAUUUCCCACUUUCCCAGCAAAAUAUAGAGAAAAGAAGAGUGGUUCAAGACUUUUGAUAAAGUAUUUUGGACCAGUAAAAUUUCUAAAUUUCUGUCAUUUCAUUUUUUACUAUACACUAUGCAGUGUUUUGUCUGCUGGUCUGACAAAGUAAUCACUCAACAGAAAUCACUAGACUGUGUAAACGUGUGACAGAAAUGUGUCUAUUUUCCAGAGGGAAUAAAACAUGUCUAAUCAAAAUGAUUGCAUUUGUGAAAAUUUAAACACACUGACUCAAAAGACUACAUUAAAGCUCUUAUUUUGAAGAGUUCUUAUAUUUGUUUUACUGAUCAUAUAAUUUUUUUAUU